AUGCCUCGGGAAGCUGUAUCUUCUCCUCAGAGUGUAGGGACUGUGACAGGCGCCACAGCGAGACGGAAGCACCGGCCGGGUCUGCAGCGUGUGUCUAUUGCAUGCGAAAGGUGCAGGACCCGCAAGAACAAGUGUGAUAGGAAGCUUCCGGAGUGUUCAACAUGCAAGGCUGCUGGUGCUACAUGCGUAGUAGUAGAUCGUCUCACCAAUCGCCAGUAUCCCCGUGGCCAUGUGGAGGGGUUGGAACUCGAGGUCGAGCGACUGAAAGCGCGCAUUCAAGAGCUGGAGAUCCGAUCCAGUGAAGCAAAUCCUUCGACUCAGGGCAGUCGUCCGUCAACAGAGAGCGUGCUAGCAACACACAGUACUCCGCUCAGCUUCAAUUCCACGGAUGCGCAUGAACCAUCCUCAAUCACUGGUAUUACCAAUGACGACUUCACUGCAAUACCUCGUGAUGUUACGCGCAGUGGGAGAUUCAUUGGCGACUCGAGCGGCCUCUUCUUCGGAACUAUCGUCAAGGGCAUACUUCUUCAGGCAGAUUACAAGGGAGAGCAUGGCCCUGCUACAAGUUCACUGAGAUUACGACUUGCCGAACGCCAAACAACAUCAACCGAUGCCCAAUUCUCUUUCCCCGAUGACGACCUUGCAAAUAGGCUGCAAACAGCUUAUUUCACCAGUCGUUGGCCUGCUUUACCAUUUUUGCAUCGAGGAUCUUUCUUAGAGCAGCACUUCGAACCCUGUCUUGCCUUGAAAUUUCAAGCGAGCGAAAUCUCUCUGUUCAUGAGUUUCAUGGUUCUGGCUCUAGGUGCAAUCGAUGUUAAGCGUCAAGAUUCCGAGUUCGGCGAUGACCAUGUGCAAUUUUUCCGAUAUGCGACUGAGAAUUACCUUCAUUCUCUUCUUGAGGAGGAUAGUAUUCAGACUGUACAAGGCCUUCUCUUGAUCUCCCAAUUCGCCAUUAACGAACACCAAAGUGCAAAUGCGUGGCUUGUCACCGGACAAGCAAUUCGAACAGCGAUCGACCUCGGACUGCAUCGAACACUAGCAUCCCUAUCUUCAGAACUAGGCUUGUUCGAUCUUGAAAUGCGUAAAAGAGUGUUCUGGAGCGCAUAUGCUAUUGAUAGAAAUGUUUCAAUCACUCUUGGCCGCCCGUGUGGUAUGAGAGAUGAAGACAUCGAUGUUCCACUUCCUCAAAACCUAAGCGAUGACGACCUAGUCGCAAAUUUUACGCCCACGAACACCAUCUUCAAUCAACCCUUGGAUAUGUCCACAUUUAUUCAUAUAGUGAAGUUGAGGCAAAUACAAUCAAGAAUCCAAGCUUUGUUUUACUCAGCUAAUCCCGCUUCUCUCCUGACCCAAGGAAUUUCCUAUCAUCAGACUGAGUUACGCUCACAGCUCGAAGAUUGGAUAGCACAAGCACCUCGCUACUCUCGUCCGACUAUGGCUACGUUCCAAUCGCAAGACUGGUUCCAGAUCGCUUACUCUCACGCGUUGCUCUUGUUGUAUCGACCGUCACCAGGAAAUCCCAUCAUCGAUUCGGCAGCACUGCAACUCUGUGCAGAUGCCGCAAUCAGUCUCAUCAGUUCCUACUCAUCGCUAUAUGCGAAAAACAAGAUCACGUAUACAUGGAUUGCGCUUCAUUCACUUUUCAUGGCCAGCAUCACCAUGCUAUACACCUUGUCUGUUAGCCCAGAGAUACGAGCAAGCACCACCAAGGCUGUUGUCAAAUCGAACGUUGUCUCAUGUCUUGCGCUCUUUGAGGUUAUGGCCGAUUAUUGGCCACUCGCUACUCGGUGCCACAACAUUAUUGAGCGUGUUGGAAAUCACACCGUCACUUUGUUUGAUACGGCACAGAGUUCGGCGCGAGAUGGAGGACCGACUGCCUCUGAAACACUACACGACACCACCCAACAGCAUUUUGGUCAGAUCGAUGCCGAAUUCAUGGAAUGGUUCGGGACUCGUGAUAAUUAUGCACCACUUUCAUUCUCUGACCAGGAGACUAGCAGCCAUCAUAGCGGUACAGCGAGCAACCUCAGGCCGCAUAAUCCCCACGCGCAUGGCCAAUCCUUUCCGAACCCAUUAGAUAUUUCAUUGGAGAACAUUGACGAUAUAUUUUCGGCCGACUUUGAUAAUAGUAUUCCGAUGAUGAUAACCGCUUUCGGCAAUGAAAGUCACCUACCCAUCCCAACGCCAAGACCAUCGGAAGUAUCCGAUACCACCAUGAGCAGUUUGCCAAACAUCUAA